UGUACACACUUCAUGACUUUGUUUGUCUGUGAUCUCUGUAUUUGUGGUGUAGCUGCUUGGGUGUGUCCGCUUGAAAUGUCUGGACGUGGCAAGCAGGGAGGCAAAGCUCGCGCCAAAGCAAAGUCUCGCUCCUCUCGCGCGGGCCUGCAGUUCCCCGUGGGCCGUGUCCACCGCCUGCUCCGCAAAGGCAACUACGCGGAGAGGGUGGGAGCGGGCGCUCCGGUGUACCUGGCGGCGGUGCUGGAGUACCUGACGGCCGAGAUCCUGGAGCUGGCUGGCAACGCGGCCAGGGACAACAAGAAGACCCGCAUCAUCCCGCGCCACCUGCAGCUGGCCAUCCGCAAUGACGAGGAACUGAACAAGCUGCUGGGCCGAGUGACCAUCGCGCAGGGCGGCGUCCUCCCCAACAUCCAGGCGGUGCUGCUGCCCAAGAAGACCGAGAGUCACCACAAGACCAAGGGCAAGUGAUCUGACUGGCAUCUGAGUUUCCGGAAACGCUUUCAAACCCAAAGGCUCUUUUCAGAGCCCCCCAAUGUGCCAAAGAAAGAGCUAAAGUCACUUGCUAAAUAAUAAGGUUUCAAAAGCUUCUUAUUACUGAGAGAUGCCAGGAUUCUAACAGCCUGCUACAUACACCAAUUCUCAGAAAUAAAUGGAUGCAUGGUAUCAA